UAUUCUGCUCUAAAGCAUAUAACUGCAAUGUCAGACUUAAGAAGUUCGGCUUUUUCAUAUCCUUCACCAGCAACUAAAAUUCAAAAAACAGAUAUAUCCCUCCGUGAAAUACUAGAAACAUAUCGUGAUAACAAUGAUCUGUUGAGGCAGAUUCUCACAGCCAAGGCCGAAGAAGAUAAGAGACGUGCUGAAGAAGAGAAGCAUAAAACAGAAGCACUUCGUUUGCAAUGCAAACAAGUAGAAUUGGAAAUGUUAAAAGAACAGAAGAAACCUCCCACAAUUUUUACAGGAGUUCCACCAAUUAAUACUUCGUCUAGUUUUAAUUCAAAAUCUCCGUCAGAUAUUCAUAGUCCAUAUCUACCGAUACCUCCGCCCAUUGAUACUCAUUUUCCAGCUACUACACCGACAAGUGCAACACGCCUGUCGCCACCAUCAUCCGCUAACAACGGACAUGAUAGUAUAUCCUACAAUCAUAAUGGGAUCUCCUCACAAAAUCAUUCCUACAACUCCGCCAGUCAAAGACCCUCUUUAACGCUUUCUAUUCCUCCAUUUCCAAUCAUAACGUCAUCACCAACUACUAUGCAUAGCCAACAUUCAUUUUCUACUCCUACCAGUAGUGUACAUGAUCAUCCACAUUCCGCAUCAUCCCAGACGCAUCACCGUUAUACUCAAAGUCCAACCACCAUAAAUGGUAACAAUAAGCGUCCUAAACUCAAUUCGGAAAGUGAAGUUGAUCACGAAUAUGUGAUGGAGGCUUUAAGACAAAAAGUGCAAAGGAAUCAAGAAAAUCCUGCGAAGAAAUAUAUGAAUGUAUUGAAACCAAGAAGUGUUAGUACGCCAGUAGUCUCUCACAAUAAUCCUUCUCCUAGUCAUCCCCAACAUCACAGUCGAGAUCAACCAAAACACCAACAGCAAACAGCUUCUCCUAUUGAUCCUCCUAUGGCACGAUCUCCAAUUCCACCAUUACCCCCAAUGAACGUUCACUCUCCUGGAAUCAAUCAGGAACAAGUAACUAAAAGCUGA